ACAGACCGUAAGAAGACGUUUCACUCCCAAACCGCAAUUCCAUACAUCGUUGCGACCGGUGCCCUGUGUGUUCACAUAAACAACUGGAUAUACAAACUGUUAGACCAACAUCCAGAGAAUUUUUUUAUUCAGGACUUUUUUAUUUUUUGGGGAAAAAAAAGUGUCAAUAAUAUGGGAGAAAAAAAUAUCAGUUUUUUGACUGUUUGGAUAAUUUUGGGAAACAUCUUGGCUACCUUUUCUUCUGUCCCUGAAGCCACCACCACCGGGUUUGUAAACACUACAGUCUCCACUACUCCCUGGCCGACCACUGCUGAAUGGAUCUCAGACCUCACUGACAUUGUGUCCAAGUUCUCCCUGCGCACAGCGGACAUCCCUGAUGAUGACAUGUGCUACAUCGUGGCCGGCAGGCCAGAAACCAUCAAGGAGUGUGAAUUCAAGGAAGAAAUGCAGACCUUCGUUGUGAUACAUGGCUGGACGGUAACGGGGAUGUUUGAGAACUGGGUGCCCAAGCUGGUGUCCGCGCUGUACGAGCGUGAGCCCACUUCCAAUGUGAUCGUGGUGGAUUGGCUGACGCGCGCCAACCAGCACUACCCGACCUCUGCAGCCUACACCAAACUAGUGGGCCGCGACAUUGCCAAGUUUGUUACCUGGUUACAAAAAGAGUUGCAGUUUCCCUGGGAGAGGAUUCACCUGCUGGGUUACAGUCUGGGAGCGCAUGUGGCGGGAAUCGCCGGAGCCCUUACCGAGCAUAAAAUCAGCAGGAUCACAGGUCUGGAUCCGGCUGGUCCCAACUUCGAGCACGCAGAUGACCAGAGCACCCUUUCCCGAGAUGAUGCCCAGUUUGUGGACGUCCUGCACACCAACACCAGGGGCUCCCCGGACCGCAGCAUUGGUAUCCAGAGGCCUGUGGGCCACAUCGACAUUUACCCCAAUGGCGGCACCUUCCAGCCGGGCUGCGGCAUCCAGAAAACCUUGAUGGGGAUUGCAUUGGAAGGGAUCAAGGGCCUCCAAAAUAUGGACCAGCUCCUCAAAUGCUCCCACGAGCGCUCCAUCCACCUGUUUAUUGACUCUCUGCUGAACACCCAGCAGCAGAGCAUGGCAUACCGCUGCAACUCCAAAGAGGCGUUUAACAAAGGACUGUGCCUCAACUGCAGGAAGAAUCGCUGCAACAAGCUCGGUUACAACAUCAACAAGGUCCGCACGGCCCGCAGCACCAAGAUGUACCUCAAGACGCGCGAAAUGAUGCCAUACAAAGUUUUCCAUUACCAAGUGAAGGUGCAUUUCUUCAGCCACGACCAGCUGAGCUUCACAGAGCAGCCAAUGAAGAUUUCUCUGUAUGGAACCCAUGGAGAGAAGGAGGACAUUUCCUUUGUACUGCCUGUCCUGAGCGGUAACACCACUUUAUCCUUCCUCAUCACCACCGACGUCGACAUCGGAGACUUGAUGAUCGUGAAGGUGCGCUGGGAGAAGGAUGCACUCAUCAGCUGGUCCGACUGGUGGGGCAGCAGCAAGUUCCACAUCCGGAAACUGCGCAUCAAGUCUGGGGAGACCCAGUCCAAGGUGAUCUUCAGCUCAAAGGAAGGCGAGUUUGCCUACCUUGUCAGGGGAGGAGGAGAUGCAGUCUUUGUCAAGUCAAAAGAAGACAACAUGAGCCGUAAAGAGAAAUUGCUGCACAAGCUGAAAAUGCAGGGCAGUCUUUUUGGGCAGAAUGACGCCUGAAGAUGCACUUGAUCACAACCCCACGUCGUGCACAUCAUCCAUCUCUACACACAUAGCCAAAGAUGGGCAGCACAAAGCAACACUGGGAAAGCCUUUGCAAGUAACUGGACAUACACUAUAGUGACUGUUGCGUUUUUUUUUUCCGAUCCUCCUUAUUUUCUCUACUCCCAGUGCAAACAACACAACCUCAUCCACAGUGCUGGAAAUCAGUCCGCUCACAAACUCCCUCCUGUUUCUGAAAUCUCUCUCUGCUGCUGAAGAAUGUUACAGGUUUCUUUGCGAUGAUGUGCUCGCAGCUUUACAAAUUCACACUUUCAGUAGCUUAAGCUGCAUAUCUUUGUAAUCAUUUGUUUAUGCUUUUGUAGCCUAUAUGUACUGUUUAUACUGAUAUUAAUGUAAUUUGAAACCCUGAACUGGUGUGUUUUCUUUACUUGAGUGAACUUGGAUUAUUGUUAAUGUAAAAAUGAUUCAGAGUGACAGGCUAAAUUUAGGCACAUCUUUUUGUUUUCUGUUUUUUAAAUGUGUAAAAUGAUCACUUUGUCCCUAAUGUUUGUCUUCACUUAACCACUAAUUGCCAACAAUCAACAAGGACCAAAGAAAUAUUUACUAUCUACUGAAUGGAGAAUCACAGUGGUCAUUGUCCAUACCUUUUUUAAUCAGUAUUAUAUAUAUUUUUUGAAGAUGAGUUAUGUGUUCAUAUCUGAUCUCUUGAAGACCGGCUUGUUCUUUGAUUGCGUUUUGGUUAUUGUGUCACUGGUCACUUUAAAAGGCUCUUUGUCCCCUGCAGCCAUUUUAGAUGUUAAGGUCAUUGAGAGUGCAGUCAAGGAGGGACAUGCAUUCUUCAGUUUUGGUAAUUUUUUCAUGAAAAUGAACCAAGGUCAUUAAAACUGACCUUGGUUCAUUCCAGUAAUGGCUAAGUGCACCUGAAAACUUCGUGAACGGGUGGAUAGUGUCCCACCUGAAACAGUUUACCUCAAUGACUACGCUAAGUCUACAACGUGCCCUUAUUUUGAAAGGUCAAACAUUACAAAAUUGCUUAAAAAAAUAAAAAUGCAAGCCUUUGUAAUUUGCAAUGGACUGGCCUACAUGAUAGCCAUAAUACAUCUCAAGAAUACUUCAUAUUGUAUUUAUUGAAUGUACAUUUAUAUAUUUGUAUAUUAAGCUGUAAUAUAUUUUGGCAGGCUUCCUUUGUCAUCUGUAUUUUUAUAAAUGAAGCGUUUUGUGAUUUUAUGCAAAAGGCGUUGGAACGAUCGAUCAAAUUGGUCUCCAUGCCAGCUGUUGAGCGCAAUUACUUUUUUGAACUGAAAUGCAGUGCACUGUAUAAAGAAAGAGCCCAGGAUGGUUUAAUAAAAAGAUAACCCACAUAUUCAAA